AUUUUGGGCUGUGUAUAUCUCCUUAUGGUCUAUAUUCAUUCAUCCACAAUUCUUUCUCUCUCUCUAUCUCUUUCUCACUCUAUAUCUAUAUAUCUAUCUUCAACAUCCCCCUUGUUCAUAAGCAACACACUGCUUCUUACAGCCAUUGAACAAACUCCCUUCAUCCAAUGCUUCCCACAACAACAACAACAACAACAAUGGCAAAUCAAUGUUGUCGUCGUCGUCAUCGUCACCGUGAUCCUUAUCAUCAUCACCAAUGGCUCUUCUUAGCUGUGUUUUGUGCAGCACUUCUUGUUUUACUACAAGAGGCUGAAGGUUCCCGAGCUCAAAUAACGCUUCACGACAACAAUCCGAACGUGCAUCAAGUUUCGAUGCCAAAAGGGGAUAGAAACUACAAGGACAACCCAAAAAGAGGAUUGAUUGGAUCAGUGGCGCCAACAUGCACCUACAACGAAUGCAGAGGAUGCAGGUACAAGUGUCGAGCCGAGCAAGUCCCUGUGGAAGGCAACGACCCUAUAAACAGCGCGUACCACUACAAGUGUGUUUGCCAUAGGUAAGAAAGAUUAUCCGGUCCAAUUGAGUUACAAUUUUGUCAUUACCACUACUACUACUACAUAGAAUGAAUGCUUCUUCUUACCAUUUUUGAUGUCUCUCGGGUGAGGUGUUUUCGGGUUGUGGGCUGUGUUCUUUUGAGUGUGGUGUGCGUGUGCGUGUGUGUGUGUGUUUUUUGUAUGUACACAUGUUCCUCCUGCAAGAGAAGAGACAGAGAUAUUCUGGCAUGAAGGAAAUAAGAGUGAAUGAAUUAUUCUGCUGCAAAAGUUUCAAGAUGUUUCUAUAUGCAAUGAUUAUAUGACAAAGUAUUGAAUUCUCCAUA